AUGGAAAACAUAGUUAACGACAGUAAAUUACAAAAAAACGGGAAAAUUAUAUCGGCCAGAAGACUUAACAGAAGAGUUUUAGAUAGCAAUGGGACCGUUACAUACAUUCCAACAGGAACUGUACAACUACUCUUUGACGUAAGAACUCCCCCUAAAGAAAUAAUUAUCUAUUCAAACUUGGUAACAGUAGAUCCAUACAUCCCUCCUGUACAGCAAUGUUUCAAAUGCCUAAGAUUUGGGCACUCACAAAGACAGUGCAGGGGAAAAGCAAGAUGCCCGAAAUAUUCCGAUGAACAUACAUUUCAAAACUGCACAGUUUCUAUACCAAAAUGCCUAUACUGCGAUCUCGAACACCUUGCCACAAAUACAAUUUGCAAAGAAUUCGAAAGACAAAAAAAGAUAAAUGAAGUAAUGGUCUUCCAAGAUCUCACCUUUUUUGAAGCUGCCAAGCUGUUUCCCCCAAUUAAGGAAAAGCCAGAAAAUUCGAGAAUGUUUCAGAGGAGAAGUAGGGAUUUUCCUUCUUUACUAUCCAGUUCACCCAGAGCAUUUACUCAAGCACUUCAAAAAUCCCCAUCCUCCACUUCCCAUUUCCAGAGUCAAAGUCAUGUGGUCCCAGUUAAAAGGAAAAAUAAAGUAAUUCUUAAAGACAUUAGUUAUGACAAAGAGGCGCAUAAAGCUUUAUUAAAUGAGGACCUAACAGAAAUUUACCUAGAUUACCGAUUUUAA